AUGCUAGAGCCUGAGGGUCUAAAAAUGGAGCUCGACAACUGCUGCGGAGAUAGUUCAAGUGAAGAUGGGUUCAUAGACCCUCUCACCAAAAUCGUUCAAAGAUGGGGAUGUCCGUCAGUGUUAAAGAUACUAGAGGAAAAUGAAGUUGAUGUGGAAACCCUUCCCCUUCUAAGUGAAAGUAUAAUCACAUCCUUCAUACCCAAGAUUGGACCUCGAUUGAAGUUUCUCGCUGGGUGGCGUGCAGAGUAUCAUGCUGCAAAUCAACAAAGCAUGGAACAAGCAUCAACGUCGACAAGAAGCCCAUCAGUGUUCUCCUUAGAUGACUGCUCAGAUCUCUCUUGUAUAACAGGAAGUGAGUGGAGUCCCAGACAAAGCCCUUCCCAGCCCAGUUUGGAUACGCCACUUUACGACUCCCCAGAAUCCAAGAGUCCUGAUCAACAUCCUCCCCUGAAACGGGUCAAGAAAGUGCAUUUCAACAUUGCUUGUAUAUUGAGAGAGACCACCAUGGGAAGAGCAGCAUUAAGGAACAUCAAUGCUACAAAUCUCUGCAGCAAAAGGGACCGGCAUACUGUUGUGGAUAUGUUGACUCAGUACCUGAUACGGGAGUAUGGUACCAAGCCAAGCUCAUUUGUGAAGGCAUCAAUGGCCCAUGCCAUUGUGACAAGCUUUCCUUUCUUAAAAGAUCCAGAAUCUCCACUUGGCUAUGAGGCCUGGUACUGCAUGGGGGCCAAGGGACGGCCAGCAACGGGCUACCUGGAGGAGCAUCUGAGGUACGUCAGAAAGAAGGAGAAGUCCCUGAGGGUACCAGUAGCUGAAGACGAGGCACAGUCUCAAAAGCAAGGAGAUACUGAUCUUGAGUCUGUGAAUGAUGAUAACAUCGCGACAAUGGAAGAAUGGCUGCGUAACAACAAGGAGCCAGAGGACAUGGUGAAGGACUACAUGAAACAAACGGCAAAAAAAAGACAUGACUGGAUCAAGAGAAGUGACUGUUGUGUGAAGAACAUUCUUACCACAUAUCCCAGACUUCUCGAUGCUGGAAUGAUUGAAGGAGAUUUUGCAGUAUUGUUCCCAGAGAAAGCAAACGCGCUGUACCAGAAGUGGCCCACUUUCUGUAACAAAGUAGUGGACUUCACCGAGAAAACUGGCAACUGGAGAAGUGCAAGAGCCGAAUUCGAAAACAUUCAUGACCCUGGGAAACUCAGUCUUGAGGAAAAGAGCAAUCUUGGAUUCUACAUGCUCCCAGUCUUGUUCCGAGGAAGGAAAGAUUCCAAGAGAGGAACGUACACCACUGCAGAAACAUUGUCGUCCUUCAUUGACAUUCAACCAGAGGUUCUCGACAUCCAAACAUAUGUUGAUAACAUUGAUGAAGCAGUCCGGCCACAGCCAUUUGUUGUUGUGCGUGGGAACAUUCUCACACCAAUACAGGCGUACGUCGUCGUAGAGAGGAGGGUACUUCCUGCCACAACACUGCUUAAAGCAGUCGACUUGUGCUUUAAGGCACUUUAUGUGAUGGAUAUCGAAUAUCAGCCGCAAAGCUGUUCUGUUUGGAAAUUUCUCCAGAUUGUGGUGUUCCAGUUUACCGAUGGGGAGCAUCUUACACCAAAGCUGCGGGAGGUCCGAGCCUUCAUGAACAUGCCAUAAGCCAUCAUGCUGUGUUCACACCAAGGAUGAUUACUGGUGAUAUAUUUCUUACAGAUGAAACUGACAAAUCAUCGGCCACUUGAACCACUUUAUUUUUGGAGAAAAAAAACUGGAAAAAAGGAUUAUUUUGGACAAAAUAACCUAAAAGGCAAACUGUUAUGAGUUGGAUUCGACACAUUAUUUUACAUAAUUUAGACAUGUUUGUGUAAGACUGAAGAUCUGAGGGUGGGGUGAGGAUCGCUGAACAACAUUAAAAAAAAAGUGAAUUUGUACACAGCAGAAGUCUUUGUGUAAAUUUUAAAAUGAUGAAAGGCCUAAUUUUUUUUAUACCAAUCAUUGCUUAACAUCCCCACCUUGAAAGUUUAAGAAAACAAAUGAAUAUGUGCCAAGUAUAAAUACAAUACAUAUUGGCUAUAAAUCUUUUGCACUGGCGUAUAACUUCUCAAAUCAAUAGAAGGCUAAAUCUUACAAAUGCUUAUCGUGUUCGGUCUUAAUCCCAAGAGUACUGUUUCAUAACCCAUACAUCAAAAUUAUAUAUUUCUUCAUAAAACAUGAUUUAUGAUAUUUUCUGCAUUUAAAACAGCAAGUGGGGUAUACGAUUGUAAAUUACAUGUACCAUUAAUUUUUAUGUAAUGUGUAUCGUCCAUUGACCCUACGCUGAACUCUCUGCUGAAUGGACUGCACGCAUUAAUUUACAUCGCGCAAAGCAGAAGUAGAGAAGUCAACAUUUUCAUCUACAUUUUGCAAAAUUUUAUUGAUAUUAUUGAUAAUAUCAAUAAAAUCUUUCAAACUGAGUAUAGCAUAGGGUCAAUUGAUUUUUGUUGUCUUUAAUCUAAUCAAAAAGUUAUAGUAGGCAAUGUGUAUCCUUGUUAUUUGAUCAGUACCUGUUCACCAUCACAGAUAACCAAACUUUCAUGUUGUACUUCUGCACAUGUCAAAUAAUCUAGAUGGAUUUGCAUUUAUUUCCUCUUUUUUUCACUUCACAAAAAUGUGUGCAUGGGUAACACUCUAAGGCAGAGUAUUGGUGUGUCAGGAUAAAUGAACACUAUGCCACACCCACAAAAUAUAUAUGAUGCACAUAUUCAUGUAUGAAAUCAGAGUGUGUGGGAUACAUACAGAGUACAUCAAAGUUAAACAUUAUCAUGCUGCACCAAACAGGGGCUAUAUUUCCAUUUACUUUUCUUAAAAGGUUGUAUUUUUUUUCACCAAAAAUUGGAAUGUUGUAGUCGAUGUUAACAAGUUUUGUUUUUACGUUUCUGAUGAAAACAGCAACAUGUGUUUACUUUGUAUGUUAUUUGUGUUUCAGUUAAGCAAUUAUUACCCAUUAGAUGAGAAAAAGAUUUGAGCAAAUAGAUGUUAUGGAGAAAGUGUUGAGCAAUGAUUAUCCAACAGACGAAUUAAAGAGUUGGGCAAAUAGAUGUUGUGGAGAUAAAGUUGAGCAAUUAUUACCCAAUAGAUGGGUAUUUUGAGAGUUGGGCAAAUGAAUAUUGCAGAGAAAUUGUUAAGCAAUUAUUACCCAAUAGAUGGGUGUUUUGAGAGUUGGGCAAAUGGAUAUUGUGGAGAAAUUGUUGAGCAAUUAUUACCCAAUAGAUGAGUGUUUUGAGAGUUGGGCAAAUGGAGAUUGUGGAGAAAUUGUUGAGCAAUUAUUACCCAGUAGAUGGGUGUUUUGAGAGUUGGGCAAAUGGAUAUUGUGGAGAAAUUGUUGAGCAAUUAUUACCCAAUAGAUGGGUGUUUUGAGAGUUGGGCAAAUGGAUAUUGCGGAGAAAUUGUUGAGCAAUUAUUACCCAAUAGAUGGGUGUUUUGAGAGGUGGGCAAAUGGAUAUUGUGGAGAAAUUGUUGAGCAAAUAUUACCCAAUAGAUGGGUGUUUUGAAAGUUGGGCAAAUGGAUAUUGCGGAGAAAUUGUUGAGCAAUUGUUAUACAACAGAUGGGAGUUUGGCAAGUUGGGCAGACUGGGAGUUGGGUAAAAACUGGUUGGGCAUUUAAUUAACCAACAUUAAACUUACUCAAAAGUUGGGCAAAUAGAAGGUUGGGCAAUAUCUAACUGGGUAAAAUUGGUUGGGCAAGAAAUUACCCAACUGAAAAUAUAACCAACUGUUAGGCAAUUGUAGAGUUGGGUAAAAUCUGAUGGGUCACCAACUGAUGGGCAAUUUAAUUUGCCCAACCACAUAGCAAACUGAUUACCCAACAUCAGUUGGGCAGAUUUUAACCAAUAGUUGUGUGGACCGUAUGUUGCUCAGUGUUGGUUAAAAGUUGGGCAUUUUUUUGCCCAACUAUUUUAAGUGUGUAUGCUAAUCACCCCCUAUUCAAUGACCAUCCUAUCUCUCCGUACUCGCCAUUGUUAUGCUAAUCACCCCCUAUUCAAUGGCCAUCUUUCAAGACUACUCGUCCAUUGUUAUGCUAAUUACCCCUAUUCAACUCUUCAUUGUUAUGCUAAUGAGAUUACGUCAUAUUCUUUUGUGCGCGCGUCACGCUUGAGUGAACCUUUAGAAUGGCCAUAUCGCCGUCAUUAUUCUCUCAUCAAGAUUAUCACAAGUAAGAAAGAAGUAAAUGACCUGGGGCCCGUUGCAUAAAACCCCAACCGCAGUUUUUUCAGGUUGUAAUCAUGAAAUUACGGUUGGAAGCUCCCAACCGGAAUUUUUUGGUUGCAUAAACAUUCAACCGGACUUUUCUACGGUUCGCCUGACAAAACUCUGGUUGGAAUCUGAAAAAAUCCGGUUCAUGUGACCCUUGCUCUCUGGGUCAGGGUUGCAACCGUAAAAUUUCCGGUUGGAAGUAUUGGUUACAAAAUGGCUGCAAUCUUGCAUGUGGUACAAGCUGGGGCAGCUCUCAGAAGAGAGAGAAUUUUCCGAGAUAAGCUGCAUCCCUUGGAUGCAUAUGAUGACCAGCAAUUCCGGAAGCUAUAUAGAUUUGCCAGACACGGAUGCAUUGCUAUUAUCAACAAGCUGGCCCCGCGGAUUGAGCACCUUACUCAACGGAAUAUGGCACUACCACCAAGCCUACAAGUUUUUGUAGCCUUAAGAUAUUUUGCGAGUGGAAGUCUGCUUGACGACACAAGUUUCGUGCACGGAAUUCACACUUCGACCGCGUCAAGAACUAUCCAGAGAGUGGCACAAGCACUUUUUGAGAUGAGGGAUGACGUAAUUAUAUAUUUUAUUCAUAUUAUCAUUUAAUGUAAACAAUAAAAAAAAAUUGACCUGUUUCAAUAGUUAGAAAGACUUUUGUUGAUAGUAAAAGUUGUUUAUGCUAGCACAAUCAAUAUAACAAAAGACAUACAAAAUAACUAAUCUAGGUCUAGAACGAGGCUGGCAGUAGGAGCCCCAUGUCAUAAACUAACUAAAUAAUAAUUGAUUCCUCGAUAAAAGCUCAAACCGUUACCCGUAAAAAAAAUCAAACACGGCCAGCAGUAUAUCAGUCCAAUUCAUGCAAAGUUUUGUUGGGUACCGUGCAGACUCCUUGCCCUCGCUGCCUCGGCCAAAGAAGCACCGUAGUCUGGCCUUUGACGCAGCUAGACUCAGCAUCGUAAUUAGGUUAGCACAACAACUUUUAAGAAAUGAAUUAAAACGAGGAUAAAGUAAUUGUAAAACACAUUCUCACAAUUGUCAAUCACAGUGUAUUAUAUUUUAUUUUAAAAUUCAUUCACUUAUU